AUGGCUUCGCACUCGAGGCUCGGAGCCACCCAGCCAGCGACCGACGCCUCUGACGUCUCAGGUUCGUCGGUAUCCAUGACUUUUGAGGAGAUUGCGCGAACCCAACGCCUCCUGCAGUCUUCCUACAGACGGUUCUUCUUCUAUCAUGUGCUCUCACUGCUACCGACCCUUGCAGUUCUCAUUGCCUUCCUCGCGGGAUCUCUCCAAGUUCGCGAGCUAUGCCAUUUGCAAGAGGCCACAAGGGACUAUUCUGGAUCACCCUUUUCGCUCUUAUCCACGCUGCAUUCAGUCUAUCAGAAGGGACAAUGUCGAAGCAUUCUUGACGCUCAGCUUUUAACAUCGACGUUGAUCCUUGGCCUCGUCGGCUGGCUCGCCUCUUACACCAGUCGUAAGGUCUGUCUUGCAUUCGCUGAACGAGUAAUACCCCGACUGUUUUCGUCGUCGCUCUCGAUCUUCUCUCGCACUCCACGUUUCCAGCUGCGAUCUCAAGACCACAGCACGGGGAAGGAGACCAUCGUCAUCACCGUUGCCAUCGCUCUGCAAGCUCUGAUUGCCGAAUCUCUGCGUAUGCUCUCCUUUUACUGGGCUUGUUGUAUUCUCGUAACAGCCCUGUACCUAUACCCCAUCCAGGAGAGGAACUCACAUCGAGCGCACAUCCAAAGUACCGGUCCUGAUUGGGCUUGGCGCCUCAGCUUUCGAGAUCCUCGCUUCUUCGUUGCUGCUUGGUCAUCGUUGGCGUGGGCACUUGCAGAGUUUGGGUUCGGUGCUUUCCAGAUUCUCCACCAGGUUGCACUCUACAAGCCUGCCGAUGUCCACGUCUCUGACGAUGUUCUUCCUCCAAGUCGAGCGGUCGGAGGUCAAUCAGGCUUCAGUCUUCUCUCCGGCUACCCGACCAUUGAGUCUGACCAGGCACAAACCCCCGAGCGCGGCAACGGCAAGGCAAGGCGCAUGUCUGCCUCUCGAGCACUGGAGCAGGCACGCCAGCGGCUCAUACAACCAGCUGGCGAAUCGGCCACGGGCACUCGGCAGGCAAACUAUGGAGCGAUGGAGUCUCUGAGCGAGGCAGUCACUGAUGAAGAGGAUGGCAGCUCGCGAGCGAGCGGGUCCAGCUUCUCGGAAACUGCAACGACCAUCUCUCUGUUGGAUCAGGAACUUGAGGAGGAAGCGGAGCGCUUCUUGGUUGCGAAGGAGCGUUUCGAGGUCGAGGCGGUACUUGGCGUACCUUUACCCGAGAUUCCUGUCGCUUUGUGUGCUUUAUGGCGGAUCGACGCUAUGCUUUGGAGCGUGGGCAGCAGUCUCCUCCUAUCUGCCUCGUUCACGCAUGCUCAAGGCGGGCUCGGUCACCUAUCACAUGACCGAUUCGACUUGUCGCCGCAGUUCCAUCUUCUACCACGGUUCGAUGGUUUCUGCCUCACUUUUGUCGUUUUAGUUCUCCUUCAUACCGUUGUCUCUUCGUUGUGGGCUACUUCGCUACCGUUUAUGGGCUUUGCUACCACCACUUACGCCUCCCUACUCUUUGGUCUCGCUAUCAUGGUCGCCGCUUUGGCCAGAUGGGGCCUUCUCAUAUAG